AGCCAUUCGCCAGCUGAUCCUAAAAUAGCCUAAGCCCAAACACUCCAAUAAACCCCAACAAAUUGCAUUUGUUCCGAGUACCGGACUCAGUAACCAUGAGAAUCGACAAUUACUGUUAGUAUUUUAUCAGAGAGAAGUCUCUGUAUGACAAGAAAUAUACGGAAUGCGAUCCAAUAAUUACCCAUACCUCGAAGUGGUGAUAAUAGGGUAGCGAAGUUAUUGUGGAUAACCUAUUUCUAUCGCUUGGCUUCUUUGGUUUUUCUGUCGUUAUUUAUCGCGAGUGUUGAGUGCUACUCUUGUAACGCAUCUGGACCAAUGAAACGUGAAAGCCACAGUUGAGUUACAAAAAGUGUUAUGAUGCUACAGAAUGCCCUAUUUUGAUGCUGUCGUACUGACGAUCCUAGGAUUAGUCAAUCAUCUGCAGUGUGUGGAAAUCCUUCCCAAUGUCACAAAUGUACGGCCCACGAGUACCAGGGCUAAACUGGAAAUAUCUCCUCAAUUUGUCACUGGUAUUGAACCAAAACUCAUACUCCGAGGAAACAAUGAGUCGCUGAACAUGACAUGUACAGCUGUACAUCAAAAUUCCGAUAAAAGUGAUAUAUCACUCAACUACAUCGUUGAUUGGAAAGUGCCUUCCCACGUUAGAGAUAAUGCCUCUAGUAAAAUAACUACAGGGCAGGAUACAAAUAUAGCAUGGCUGUGGUUCGAACGUUUGUCAGAUUCCGAUGCUGGAGAUUAUACUUGCCAUGCAAUUACUACCAACAAGGCUGUUGUACCACCAUUUCUGUCCAAUGAAAUUCGCCUCUCUGUGAAAAGUGGCAAGAGCAAACCCACAUUUUGUGGAAAACAAUGGUUCAAAUGUCACUCGUCAGCAAUCUGCAUUAUGCAGAGAUACGUAUGCGACGGAAAAGCAGAUUGUUCAGAGGGGGAAGAUGAGCAUUCCGAGACAUGUGGUCCAGACCCAUGCUUCGGUAGGGUUCACUGUGAGGGGCGUUGCAUACCCCCCGAAUGGUGCUGCGAUCAUCGUAAUUGCAGUGGUACAUAUGGUCUUAGACCAUGGCCACCAGAAACCCACGAGAUCAGUUACGUGCAAACAGCAUUUUACACUGUCAUCGCAAAUUCUUGGUUUGUUGUAGGCUGUGCAAUGGCAUUUAUGUUCAUUGUUACGAUACUGGUGAUAGCCAUAUGUAGGGUACAAAUUAAACGGGCUAUGAACUCAAGAUGGACACAGCAGAAUCGCACUAAUUGCACUAGACGACGUACAGUGCCAAUAGGGAUACCUAUGUACGAUUUAGACGUCUAUUUGAAUCGUAGUGCUGAUAAUUAUCCGAGGGGAGUGAGUAUAAUGUACAAUAUCAACAGCGGUGUGCAAUUUGUGGGAAGGCCUGUGGAGCCACCACCAUACUCUGAGGUAGUAGCAUCACCACCUCCGGAAGGUCCACCACCCCCUUAUGUAUCAUGUGAGAAUCUUAUCGAACAAACAACGACAAAUGCUGCCUCCGAUAGUACAACAAGAAUCAGUCAAACAGAACAAAUUGAACCACCUCCUUGUGAUACAACACCACUCAACAGCGAUCUCAGAGACGAAUCCUCUGGUUUCUCUGGAGUGGUCAUCACAUCUAGGAGCAUACCUGGUCCUCAAGUACCCACUGUAUCUCACAUAUCAAGCAAUCACUCGAGUCCAGCAAAUCUAGCCAGUCGGUCUACACUCCCACAACCUCAGUCUUUCGAUCUAGACUAUGUGGAGACUGACGCGUUAUUAUCUGAGAAUUGCAAUAUCGUGAUGACGAGUCCCAAGGAGACUCUUUGGAAGUCGUAUGGGGUACCUGGUGGAGCUAAGUCUCGAUGGCAAGACCAGAGCCCUGAUAGACGAUGGUUUCGACGUAAGUCAGGAAAGAGUCCUGAGAGCUCCCCCCUGAAGAGCAAGGACUUGUCCCUCGUUGAUGCUGAAAACGAGGGGGUAUUUUUGGAUACUGAUCAACAGGGGGGGAGGCAAGAAACGUGUCAGGUACCAGGUCCAAGCACGUCAGCUCUUGACAAUGAGCACAUAUCCAUUUCAGACGGAAAAGUCGUUGCUGUUGUUGAUGAUGAUGAGAGAGUCAGUGAUGUCGUCGGUUCAUCUGGAGGGGAUGGUAAUCCUUUGAGAUUAAUGACAACGCUAGCUUUUCCUGUUCAACCUAGUCAACCACAGAACAUAUUAAACGAUACACAUGCGCAAAUAAAUGAGUCUUCCACUAGUAUGUCUACCACAUUAGUCUCAUCUAGUGAUCAUCAGACUGAAACUAAUGGCCAAAUAUCGGCUACUGAACCCCUGGUUCUACCUUUACGCGAAUCAUUUAUUGGCGUUCAGAAAAACAGUUAAUCAGUUGAUAUUAAUCGCCUUCCUGUUAUAUUCAAUCAUGCUUCCAGUCUUAUUUGACAGAUGAGUAUAGGGAUUGAGAGAGAGAGGAAAACUUUUAGUAGGUCUAUCUUGGAUCCGAGGAAUUGUUAUUAAAAUCAACAUUUUUUGAUUUUUGGGGAAAUAGAAUAUUAAUUGGGAUGAUAUUGGAGAGAUGUAGGGUAAAUUGCAGCAAGAUCAUCUACAGAAAAACCUUUUCUUGAGACAAUUACUUCAUUAUCCCGUUUUUCUCAAGCAAUCGGACUAUCGUGGUAAUCUUAUACGAGCCCACAAGCUAAACCCAUUUUGCAUAGAUUUAACAUCUCGACAAUUAUCUACACUUUCUUUCUUUGGGCAAGUGAAUGAUAUUGUGUUGAAAUUUUUUAUUUCUCUCCGUGUACUUUGCUUCGUCGUUAAUGUAUAUAUGAUAGAGAAUAUUUGUAUGAAAAAUAUUACAGAUUAGUGCAUUUUGAGUACUAUUGUACUCUCAAUGUUUAUUUUUAUUGUUAAAUGUUUCUAUGGAUAGUCGUUGCUUGCCAAUAAUAAUACGAAAUUGGGGUAUUUCUGUACUUACCGGUAUCUGGAGCACUGCACUUUUUUCUUUUAUUAGAGGAUUUUAUCGGAAUUUAUCGAGUGAAUGGGAUUGUCGAUGGGACCAACAUUGUUUUUCUUUCUUUUAAAAAUUUUUCAUCAUUGAAAUUAUGUACGUCAUCGCUAUCAUGGGAGAGUGAUGUUUUGAGUCUACCGAUACGAAUGGUGUCUCCACAAUUUUCUGUCAAGUUGAUGGAAUUUUAAUAGUGUUCUUAAAUGUAAUGAAUAUUCUUUCAAGAUAAUGAAAAAAUUUUAAUCCAAAUAGUAUGUACUUCCGGGGGUCUGAGGAUAAAAAAUAUACACUUGUUUUUACGUGCUUCCAAAGAUUACCUAACAGACGACUUAUCGCCUACGUCUUUUUCAACAAUAGUCAAUUGCUCGGUUGAUCGUUGAGCGAUGAUAAAUGAUCUUGACUUUCGUGUGAACUCUAUGAUAGACAAUAAUGUUGAACGACUCUCUCUGUUUUCAGUUUCUACAAUAUAUUUUAUAGUUUCAGUUAUAACCUCGGAGUUGAUGAAUUGUGCUUUGAUGAGAUGUUUAACGAGUUGCAAUGGAUAGAUUUAACAAAAUGCCACAAUCAUCUAUUUUUAAUACGCCUGCACCCAUGAUCAAUCAAAUUGAUAAUGCACCAAGGGUCGGAAAUUGAGGAAUAUAUAUUUUUAAAAUUUCCGAAUUGCAGAUAGUGCAAUUUUACUGCAGAUGGCCUAACAAAACGACUAGGCUUAACUGUUUACUUGAAUGCACACUCGAUUAUACACGAGUCAUCGAUUAUUUUAG